AUGAAAAGUACUUAUUUAAUCAAAGAUGUUAUAUAUGAAAAGAAUCAAGAGAGACAAUAAUAAUUCCAUAGAAACAAGUUGAAAGAGAUAUUGUCAUAAGUACUAAAAUAAAAAAAUAAUUAUUAUAGCCAUUGCAAUUGAAUUCUGAUGUUAUAAUGUAAAAAUUAAAACACAAACAUGAAUAGAUUAAAUUAACUUAAUAAUUCUAUACAUAAGAAUAGAACAUUGAGAAAUCUAGAAUUGAUAAAAAUUUGAUGUUAAAACUAAUAAAUAGAAAUAACAAGUCAACAAAUAAUGUAUUAUAAACAACAACACGUUCAAUUAAUAGAAGUUCUAAGGUAAAUAUGUACUUGUAAACUAUAAAUAAUGAAAACAAAAGCUUAGCAACAAGAAUAUAUUCACUUCCAUCAGUUAUAAAUUCUUAGAGACAUCAAUAGGAUUAUGAGAAUCAUAAAUCGGAUCUUAAAAUCAUGUAGAGAUUUCAUAAAUAAAAAUAAUAAACAACUUAGGAUGUUUUGAAUUAAUAAAUAUAGGAAAUUUUAGGAAAAGGAUUUGAAGGAUCAAAGUAUUAGAAUUUGAAUUUUUUGAGACAAAUAGGAAAAUAAAAUAAAUUCUUAUUUAUAAUUCCUUUGUAAAUGAGGUUGUUUUCAAAGUUUAGUAAUAAUAGAAAUAAUCCACCAUAUUUUUAAGUGAAAGCAUUUAAUGAAUAAAAAUAUUUAGGAGAAUCAAAAUCUUUGUAAUUGAAUGAUUUUCUAGGUUCUUUGACUGGAUUAUUAGUUUCUUAGGAUCUCUUUACAAUAAAGUUUACUCUCAAUAAAAUUAAAUAAAAUGAGGAUGUAAAUAAAAAUAAAAUAGAAUUAGAUUGAGAUAGGACAUUUUCAAUUUACUGAAUCAGCCUCUUCGAUAAAAACUAAACGAGUAAGAGAUAAUAUAGAAGCAUCAAUAAAUGAUCCAAUAGAAUGUUUUUUAAAGAAGGAGAUAAAUAAAGAAUAAGUAUGUGUGGGAUUAUUUGAAUACUAGAUAAUUUAAUUUUGUUAUUGUGUAAAUUAAAAGUAUUUUUCCAUUGAUUUACUAGUUAAUAAUUAAUGAAAGAUAAAUAAUCAUAACCAUAAUACUAAAUUGAGAUAGUAUAGGUGUCCCCAUAAAAGUCUGGAUAAAAGAGUUAUUCUGAAAUGGAUAAAUUGUAAUUAGAUUGA